AUGUCUUCUUCAUCAUCCAACGUCUACGCAUCUGUUAUGUCCCUAAAUGAGUAUCUUGCCAGUAUUAAAAUCUCACUAGAAGAGAUAGAAUCAGCCACCAACAACUUCAAUGAUGAAAAUCUUAUCACACAAACUUCUUCCUCAAAAAUUUACAAAGGACGACUCAUACAAUCAUCAGGAGAAUUCGACAAUAUUGUUGUACGAAUAUGCAUGCAACUACACAUCGUAGUCAAUGAGGUUAUUAUCCUAAAAGAUCUCAGGCAUAAAAAUAUCGCUCCUAUUCUUAAAAUCUCUCAGCCAGUUAAUGAUAAUGUAGUGAUCAUAAUAAACAAGUAUGAGGCUAAUGAAAGUCUAGACAAACAUCUAAGUAGUGGCUCGACGCUUAGUUGGAUGCAGAGACUGCAUAUAUGUGUCGGGAUUGCAGAUGCAUUGAGUUACCUUCAUUACGAUGCGAUAGGGAAUCAGAGUACUGUGAUACAUGGUAACAUCAAGAGCUCCAAAAUUUUACUUGAUCAAGACUGGGAACCUAAGUUACAUGGUUUUGGAUUUGCUGUGAGAGCUAAAAGAAAUCAAAUUUACCUUACCAAUCAAUAUAAUGGCUCAUUACAAUAUAUGGACCCAGCAUAUGAAACCACUAGAGGUUUGACUAAUAAGUCAGAUGUCUUCUCUUUUGGUGUUGUUCUGUUUGAAGUCCUCUUUGGGAGGGAUGCAUCAAGCAGUCCAGAUCACAAUGAUAGUUUGGGCUUUGCUCGAUUGGCCCAAUUCUGUUAUGAAGAGAAGAGACUGGAUGAUAUGAUCAAUUCUGAUCUCCGAGAACAAAUGAACUUGGAAUCAUUAAACAUUUUCUCUGAAGUAGCUUAUUUUUGCUUAAAGGAGCAACGGUUACAACGUCCAGAUAUGAAACAUGUUCUCCAAAUACUAAAAGGCGCGUUAGACGUUCAACGCAAACAUGAAAGUCUUGAACAUUCAACGCCUCGUGAAGAUAUCACAUCUUCUUCAUCUUCCAACGUCGACAACUCUGUUUUGUCCCGAGAAGAGUAUAUCGACAGUAUUUCGAUCCCAUUUGAAGACAUAGAAUCAGCCACCAACAACUUCGCUGAAGAAAACCUUGUUAUACAAACUUUUUCCUCAAAAAUUUACAAGGGACGACCUACACAAAUUUACAAGGGACGACUAACACAAACAUUUGGAGAAUCGGUCAAUAUUGUUGUACGGAUAGAUGAUCUUAACUACAACGAGAUUGAUAUGCUAAAAGAUCUCAGGCAUAAGAAUAUUGUUCCUAUUUACAAAAUCACUCGCUCCAAGCAUGCUAAAGUGAUCAUAAACAAGCACGAGGCGAAUGGAAGUCUGAACAAACACUUAGAUAGCUCAACGCUUAGUUGGAUGCAGAGACUACAUAUAUGUGUUGGGAUAGCACGUGCAUUGAGUUACCUUCAUUAUGAGGCAGUAGAAAAUCAUAGUGUGAUACAUAGUAACAUCAAGAGCUCCAAAAUUUUACUUGAUCACAACUGGGACAUCACCGUAUCUGUAUAUACUUAG